AUGUCAUCGUCCAGACCAACUUUUAAAGGAUCAACAUCUGCUAGAUUUGUUAAAAAUGACAAGCGAUCUAAAUAUCAAACUAGUCAAUAUAGAACACGACAACAGCAAGAACCUGAAGAUCCUUAUAAGGCUAACAACCCUAUGCUUACGGACUCGAUACAGAAGAAGGAUUUAGUUGCUAGGAUAGAUCAAAUGGAUUCAUUAAUGGGGUUUGAUCGGUUUGAACAUGGAGAAAAUGAUGGAAACAAGCCAAGAAAGGGUUGGUUGAUUAAUAUGCAUACAACUACUAUACCUAGUGAUAACUAUUUGACGGGGUAUUCUGGGGUUGAUUACUACUUUUUGGACGAAGAAGGAGGGAGUUUUAAAGCUUCUUUACAAUAUGAUCCAUAUUUCUUUAUUGAGACAAUUUCAAGUGGACAUGAAUCAGAAGUUGAAGAGUGGAUGAGAAAAUUUUUGGAAAUAUGUAAUGUGAAAAGUUUUGGACGUGUUACUAAGGAGGAUCUUUCACUACCGAACCAUUUACUUGGAUUGAAGAAGAAUUUAAUUAAAUUGACAUUUCAUAAUAUACAAGAUUUAUUAUCAGCAAGAAGAUUACUUACUCCAAUUAUUAAAGAUAAUCAAAUGAAACGAGAUUCAAGAGAUGUCUUUAACUUUAACAAUGAGGUUGAUGCAUCUGACCCUUCACAGUUAAUCAAUGACAUAAAGGAAUAUGAUGUACCAUAUCACGUCAGAGUAUCAAUUGAUAAACAAGUACGUGUUGGUAAAUGGUAUUAUGUCUAUGCCAAACAUUCAAAAGUUGACAUUGUUGAAGAUAAAGAGAAAGUUGUGUUCCCCGAUCCGGUUGUGUUGGCAUUUGAUAUUGAAACCACCAAAGCACCUUUGAAAUUUCCAGAUGCAAAAAUUGAUCAAAUAAUGAUGAUCUCGUACAUGAUUGAUGGUGAAGGGUUCCUAAUUACCAAUCGGGAGAUUAUCUCUGAGGAUAUUGAAGAUUUCGAAUACACGCCCAAGCCUGAAUAUCCAGGAUUGUUCACUAUCUUCAAUGAACAGGAUGAAAAGCAUGUGUUGGUGAGAUUUUUUGAGCAUAUAAGAGAUGCAAGACCUACCGUCAUUGCCACAUUCAAUGGUGACUUUUUCGAUUGGCCAUUUGUUGAAAAUAGGGCUAGAUUUCAUGAUUUAGACAUGUUUGACGAAAUUGGAUUUGCCAAAGAUAAUGAAGGUGAAUACAAGUCGAAAUAUUGUGUCCAUAUGGAUUGUUUCAGAUGGGUGAAGAGAGAUUCAUAUUUGCCUCAAGGAUCACAAGGUUUGAAGGCUGUCACUACGGCUAAAUUGGGCUACAAUCCAACAGAACUAGACCCGGAAUUAAUGACACCAUAUGCUUAUGAAAAGCCACAAUUGUUGUCGGAGUAUUCGGUGUCCGAUGCUGUCGCCACAUACUAUUUGUAUUACAAAUACGUUCAUCCAUUCAUUUUUUCAUUGUGUACCAUUAUCCCAUUGAAUCCAGAUGAGGUUUUACGAAAAGGUACAGGAACCUUAUGUGAAAUGUUGUUAUCAGUUCAAGCGUACGAAAAUAAUAUCUUGUUGCCCAAUAAACACUCAGAUCCGAUUGAACGGUUCUACGAUGGACAUCUAUUGGAGUCAGAAACCUAUGUUGGUGGUCAUGUCGAGUCAUUAGAAGCAGGUGUCUUUCGAAGUGACAUUGAAACCGAUUUCAAAGUUGACCCAACAGCAAUUGAUGAAUUGUUGGGUAACUUGCAUAACUCAAUCAAGUUUUGCAUUGAAGUUGAAAACAACAAAAAGAUGGAUGAUGUGGAAAACUUUGAUGAAGUGUAUAACGAGAUUAAGGAGACAUUGUUGGAUAUGAAGAAUAACCCAGUGAGGAAUGAGAGGCCAUUGAUUUACCAUGUGGAUGUUGCUUCUAUGUAUCCCAACAUUAUGACAUCCAACCGUUUACAACCAGACUCUAUGAAAUCGGAGGAGGAUUGUGCUGCAUGUGAUUUUAAUCGACCAGGUAAAAAUUGUGAUAGGAGGCUUCCUUGGUCUUGGAGAGGUGAAUACUACCCGGCAGAGAUGAAUGAAUACAAUAUGAUGAAACGAUCAUUGCAAAAUGAGCAGUUCCCAGGACAAAAGCCAUGGUUGCCACCUAGAACGUUUGAUGAACUUUCGUAUGCUGAGCAGGCCUCAGCCAUCAAGAAAAGAGUUAGUGAUUAUUCGAGAAAGGUGUAUCACAGAGUCAAGCAGAGUCAGGUGGUUACCAGAGAAGCUAUCAUUUGUCAAAGAGAAAACCCAUUCUAUGUCGAUACUGUGAGAAGUUUUAGAGAUAGAAGAUAUGAGUUCAAAGGUUUGGCUAAGGUAUGGAAGGGGAAAGUUAGCAAAAUUGACAAGAAUGAUAAAGCUGCAAGAGAUGAUGCCAAUAAGAUGGUGGUAUUGUAUGACUCUUUGCAAUUGGCCCACAAAGUUAUUUUGAACUCCUUCUAUGGGUAUGUCAUGAGAAAGGGAUCAAGGUGGUAUUCCAUGGAGAUGGCUGGUGUCACUUGUUUAACUGGGGCGACAAUUAUCCAAAUGGCCAGAGCUUUGGUUGAACGUAUUGGAAGGCCCUUGGAAUUGGAUACUGACGGUAUUUGGUGCAUUUUGCCCAAGAGUUUCCCCGAAAAUUUCAAUUUGAAAUGUAAAGAUGGAAAGAAAAUCUUUUUGGAGUAUCCAUGUUCUAUGUUGAACUAUUUAGUUCAUGAAAGAUUCACCAAUGAUCAGUACCAAGACUUGGUUGACCCAGAAACAUUCAAAUACAAGACGAGGUCGGAUAACUCCAUCUUUUUCGAAGUGGAUGGUCCUUAUAAAGCAAUGAUAUUGCCAACCUCCAAAGAAGAAGGCAAAGGGUUGAAAAAGAGAUAUGCUGUGUUCAACGAUGAUGGCUCAUUAGCAGAGUUGAAGGGAUUUGAAUUGAAAAGAAGAGGUGAACUUCAGUUGAUUAAGAACUUUCAAUCAGAUAUAUUCAAAUUGUUUUUGGAGGGUGACAGUUUGGAAUCUUGUUAUCAAGCAGUGGCAACUGUGGCCAACAAUUGGCUAGAUGUGUUGGAUACAAAGGGAGGGAUGUUGGAAGACGAAGAUCUUAUCGAGCUUAUUUGUGAAAACAGAAGUAUGUCGAAGAGUUUGGCGGAAUAUGGAGACCAAAAGUCAACCUCAAUCACAACUGCAAGACGAUUAGGUGAGUUCCUAGGGGAAGAUAUGGUUAAAGAUUCUGGUUUAGCAACAAAGUAUAUUAUUAGUGCAAAACCUAUUGGUGCUCCUGUAACAGAGCGAGCAAUUCCAGUGUCAAUUUUCUCAUCAGAGAAGAAGGAGAUAUUUAUGAAGAAAUGGCUAAAAGAUCCGUCCUUGAAUAAGUUUAGUCCGAGAGAUGUAAUCGAUUGGGGCUACUACUACGAGAGAUUGGCAUCAGUGGUACAAAAAAUUAUUACCAUUCCUGCUGCAUUGCAAAAUGUUAAAAACCCAGUACCUAGAGUACCCCACCCUGAUUGGUUACGAAAACGAGUUGAAAAUAGAGAAAGCACAAAACAACAAAAGUCAAUUGCCCAAUUUUUCAACGCUGGAACCAAGGAAGAAACUAAAGUUCAAGAUAUUGAAGAUUUUGGUGAAAUUGAUACUGGAGCAGUUAAAGCCAAGGUGAGUGCCGUCAGAUUAAAAAAGAGGAAAGCAGGAAGGGCCAAUUUAGUUUAUGACUUUGAAGAAGAAGAGAAAAACCAAGCCGUUUUGAAUGGAAAUUGCCCUGAUAUGACUGAGGAUUAUACUGGGUUUUUGCAAUUUCAAAAAGCUAAAUGGACAAUGCAAGCCUCAGGUAGAGAAAGAAGGCGUAAGCUCUUUGGAUCACAAGCUCAAAGUGCACAGAGGUCUACUGUUGGUGGCAUGAUGAGAAAGCAAGCAGAAAACAUUGCUGGCAGUAAUUGGGAAAUUCUUGAAUACAAACCCGAUCCUAUGAAGCCUGGUGAUUUGAAAGUUUACGUUUCUGCAGGAGAGAAAAUCCAUACAUUCAAUUUCCAUGUGCCAAAGAGAAUAUAUGCCUCAUUCAAGAGUCCACUCACUUCAAAGCUGGCCAUUAUUGGUUGUGAAAUUGAAAAAUCAAAUGCCGUUUUGCCCAACUCGCAUGAUGCUACGAACUUGUACAAAUUCACCAUGCCUCAAUCCAUUUAUCAAGACCAAAUUGCGGAUGUCGAUAGUGUAUUCCAAAGCUCAAACAUAUUGGGUAUUUAUGAAGCCAAUGUUGAACCAAUUGAAAGGGCCGUUAUUGAACUAGGAAAUACUGUUAAGUUUGAUGACACCAAAGUGGGAGCUCUUGGUAAAGGGUUGAAAAAUGGGUUCAAUAUUAAAGAGUUGCUAAAAGUUGAAAAUGACUUCUAUUUAAAUAAAUUUGAUAUGGAUGUGGUUUACCUCCUUCAUAUUGUCACCAAUAGUUAUGAAUACUACACCAUUUUCAAAUCUUGGGAUAAUCAAAGCGCAAUGUUUGUUUUAAAGCCAACGGCGAAUGCUCAGGAAUUACCAAACAAUAUUUCAAAAAUAUAUGGAGAGGUUUUUGAAAGUAAGAGGGAGAAAUUGAGAAAGAUGUCGCGUAUUAUUGACUAUCCUGAUGAUAUGGCUUUUGAUGUGCUGUAUUACCAUGAUAAAUUGAAAUUGUUGAAGAAGAUGAAUCAAACAAUUGGCAAAAUUCAUGAAAGUCGAAGCAAUAAGGCAUUGUUGGCAAUACAAUCUCCGUAUCUUUCCAAGAUUGUUCCCCUUUUAACUGCAGCCGCCGAAUUUCCUACUAUUAAAAUGAGUAUUAGUGAACUAGCACUCCCUGCGAUUGGAUGGCAAGUGUUGAUUUCCAAACGAGUGAUAAAUCAUUAUUUUGCCUUGGCUUCGUGGAUCAAGAACUUGAUUGCAUUGUCAAAAUAUGGACGGGUACCACUUUGUAAUUUGCAGAUUGAAAAUGUUGGUUACUUGAUUGAUGUGGAGUAUGCAAGAAGAUUGACUGAAAACAAUAUUGUUCUUUGGUGGUCACCUAAUCCGUUACCUGAUCAUGGAGGAUUUGAAAUGGACCGUGUGAUUAGUGUGGAAUCUUUGGAGUUUCCAACCAUCAAUAACCCGGAAAUUUAUGAAACUGCAUGUUUAGAAGUUGAAAUUGGCACAUUGACGAUUAAUACAAUCUUGACCAGUUCUUUAAUUAAUGAAGCUGAGGGGACUGAUUUGGCUGAAGAUGGUGUUCAAUUUGACAACAAUAAUGGAGCUUCUACAUUUGCAGAAGAUUCAUUUUCGUCACCAGCACUUUCAAUAUUGAGAAGUAUGGUUAAAGAUUGGUGGGAUGAUGCCCUUGGAAACAAUGCGAAUGCAGACUUUGUCAUGAGUUCAUUGAUUACAUGGGUUCAAAAGAAAGAUUCAUUUUUGUAUGAUCCUUCAUUGCAUUAUCAUGUUCACAACUUGAGUUCAAAGGCGUUGUUGCAAUUGGUUAGUGAAUUCAAGAGAAUGGGAGCACAAGUCAUAUUUGCCAGUAGGACCAAGAUGUUGAUUCAAACUUCAAAAGUGUCGGUGGAAAAUUCGUUUGCUUAUGGGCAAUAUAUAUUGAAAGCAGCUCGAUCCAAACCGCUUUUUCAUUUCCUUGAUUUGAAGAUUGUCAAAUAUUGGGACAUUUUGAUAUGGAUGGAUGAAUUCAACUUUGGAGGAAGAAGUUGUACUGAGAUUACUAGUGAAGAGACUCAAGAUUUAAUAGUGGAGAAUUAUUGGCAAAUAAAGAAAUUCCUCCCCAUUGUUUUUCAAAACGAAUUUGAAGAUUGGGUAUUCAUCUUUUUAGACGCAUUAUCUCAGUACAAGAUGAAAAACUUGACGGGUGGUACCCAAUCGGGAACUCCUAGGGUGACACAAAUUCUCCAUAUCUUAAAUGGACAAAAGAAGUUGCAAACUCAAGAAGUUCAAGAAGUUGAUGACAUUGAUAAUGGAGUUAUUGAAAUUUUUAGAAAACCAUUGCAAAAGAGGAUUGAGAAAUUGUAUCGCAAGCAAAUUGAUUCCAUCAUCAAUCCUGAGUUUAAAAAGGAAUACGAGUUUCCUAAAUUACCUGGAUCACAUUUGAAUAUGAGAAACCCGGCUUUGGAAUUAGUUAAAUUCAUUUGUGCAGUUUUCAGUUUAUCGAAAAAGAGAAACAUUGAAGUGAGGUUGUUAAAGAAAGAAUUAUUACAAAUAUUUGAUAUCAAAGAGUUCAGUUCACAAGCAAAUUUCAUCAACCCAAGUACUUCAUUGAAAUUAGCUCAUGUUGUUUGUGACUAUUGUAAUCAUAUAAGAGAUGUUGAUUUAUGUCGCGAUGAAGAAAUUAAUGUUUGGAAUUGUACAGCAUGUCAUCGGCCAUACAAUAAAAUUGCCUUGGAAGAAGAAACCAUAGCAAAUUUGAUGAAGUUGUUUACUGAUUUUUAUAAUCAAGAUUUACAAUGUGAUAAAUGUGGUUCCAUCAGACACGGAAAUUUGGAUUUGUUUUGCACAUGUUCUGGAAAUUGGGUUGAAACUGUUGAUCAUGUUGAAGUUGAUCAAAGGGUGCAAAUAUUUGCCAAUGUUGGUAAAUUUUACAAUAUGCAGCUUUUGAAAGGUGUAUUGGAGGAGAUGAUGUAG